GAUUUACCUGCCGUCUUGUCUGAGAAAACCAACAGGUGGACGCAGGUGGAGGCUGGCUGUUGUAUUUGCAGAGCGGCACUGAUUUACGCGGUCUGUUCAGGAUCUCCUGGAAACUGGCCGCUGCAGCUCUCCCGCUUUGUGUAAACAGUGAAACCAAUGGCUUGGUGCGCCGCGCAGGGUCACAUGGUGUCAGAGAGUGACACACCUGUGCGGAGCCCGCGGGGGCCCUCGCAGUUGCGCCACAGGUGCGGAGAGCUGAAGGUCCGCACCGGCGGGAGCGGGAUCGCAGCUACGGAGCCUCGGGUCCUCUCCAAACAUGAAUCGGGAAGAGUCCUUCUACCCCUCUCAGGUUUUUAAAGACUCCUGCGCCUAUCAGAGAUGUCCGGGUGACGACUACAGCCCGCCGCCCUGCCUCUACAUGAGCAGGCAGGUGCACUCGGUGUACGCGCCGCCGUCCCUGGGGACCCUGGAGCAGGCCAUCCUUCCCGACAUCGCUCCUGGCGCUUUCACCAUGGCCGGCAUGCGGGAGGAUCAGGGCGUGCCUCCGCUCCACCACCCGCAGGGGCUCCAGCAGCAGCAGCAGCCUCCAGUUUACACAGAAGCGGGAGAGCAGAGCAGAUAUCACCUGCCUUUUCCGUGGAUGAAGACCACUAAAUCACACUCGCACACCUGGAAGGGCCAGUGGACAGGCUCUUACGUGAUGACCGAGGCUGAGGAAAACAAGCGCACGCGGACCGCGUACACGCGCGCCCAGCUGCUGGAGCUCGAGAAGGAGUUCCUCUUCAACCGCUACAUCUCGAGGCCGCGGCGCGUGGAGCUGGCGCUGACCCUCAGCCUCACCGAGCGCCACAUCAAGAUCUGGUUCCAGAACCGGCGCAUGAAGUGGAAGAAGGAGGAGGACCGGAGGAGGGCCAGGGGGUCCGAGCCGGACCAGGACUCCUCCAUCACCUCCGGGGAUCAGGGAGAGACGGCGGUGGGAGGGGUGUCCUCCACGAACGGACCUCACACCAGCACACCCCCCGUUUCCCCGUUGCACGGCCACACGCUGUCUGCGUCGGGGUCCAGAGAACCCGCAUAGACCUCUCCUUAAUUGGAGUAAUAAUAACUUUUCACAUGUUGAGCAAAGAAAACUCCCACAGCAGCUUAAGAGACCUGUCAAGAUACAUUCCAGUGUUUUUCAAUGUGGGCAAUGUGGCUCCUUUCCUUGGGCGCCAUACCACCAGGAAGCAGAAAAUAUCUGUCUGUACAUAGCUGUAUAAAUAUAUAAAUGCGUGUGUCUGGUGCAAAGGGAAAGGCUCGCAUGUCAGAGUUUCUAUACUUUUCCGGUUUGCCUUGUGUAUAAUUCACUGUGUCCUGCCAACUAAUUUCAACGGGAAGUAUCUCUUCGUAAUAUCUUCUCAGUGGUUAUUUGGGAUAUUGAACUCCAGAGGGCAUAACGACACAAAAGUUUACAAAAAGCACAAACUUUUCUCCCCACUUUUUUUUCUUUCCAUGCCGCAGUUUUAUGCACAGUCAACUCAAACAA